CGCCGUACAUGCCGACUUUCCAGCCGAUCGAGCUGUUCUGGCAGCACGGCAAGCAUUACGUGAGCAUUCAUUUUGAGAAGGGGCGGAACAUGUUGGAUGUCUGGAAGCAAAUCCGUCUCGGUUGGUAUGGAGACCCGGAAUGGGACGGUCAGGAGGGGGGGUGGAAGGCAGCCAACUGUGGAAAGUUGGUGCAGCAUGCCAUUGGCAAGAUGGACGAGUGGAUCGGCCUGUAUGGUGGAAACCUGAGCGGUACGAUCGGUAGCCUUGAGUAUCCAGUGGCAGAGUACCAAGAGGCUACGGCCGAGGAUGAGAUAGAGGAUGGGGUGGAGGAGCAGACGUAUGAGUGGCUGGGUGAGGACGCGGAAGAUGCCAUUGAGGGCUGAAAAAAAAUGCCAAAAAACAAU